AUGUCCUCCGAGAAGAUGACUACGCCCAAGCCGGGUAUGUCGCUCUAUGCGAAUUUGCUCGACACUCACGAGAGCGCCUCCAUCUCGCGCGCGCCGGUAGUCUUCAAACAAGCUACAGACGCUUCCCAAGAUGACCCUGCCAUGAAGAAGCAGCAGAUAAGUGCCGCUUCUCUACGAUUUCAGCCCACAAAAAGACCACAGCUGCCUUCUCAGAGACUAAAGGCGAAAUCCGGCAUCUCGAAGCCGCCUGUUAUCAUAAGCUCAGCAAGUCCUGCAACCCCAGACCAGGGUACUACGAGUGGUGCGGUAACCGCGGGCCGUCCAACUGGGAAGUCGACGCUUGCAGAUUGGACGGCCACGGCGGACGAUGACGACGUUAAUGGAUACUAUGGAGGAGAAAAGAGGCAACGCGGUGGUAGGAAGAAACGGAAAAAGAAUUACGAGUCUGAGGUCAUUCUACAGAACUGGGAUGAUAUCUACGAUCCAACGCGCCCCAACAGCUAUGAGGCAUACAAGCAUAGCGAUGAGAAGAUACAAGAGGUUAGAGAGUGGAAGGAUCGGCUGUAUGCCCAUCGCCUGGCGCAGCAGUAUAACAGCGAUUCGGACAGUGAUGAGGAGCGGUCGAGGCUGCAAAUGAACAGACAAUUUGCUCCUCCCCCAUCAUUUGCGCCACCACCGAACCUGAAUGCGCCCCCGGAAGAGUCUCCAGAACCUGAACGUACCUUCUCGGAAGCUGUCCCACAGCCUGCCGUAGAAAUUCCUGAUGAUUCAACCGGCGAAGAGGCGUACGCGCGACGCUUACGCCUGAGUGCGAACAUCAACCAGCCAGAACCAUCCCCUCAACCCUCACAACCAUCACAGCUAUCACAACCAUCACCUACAGAUGAGGCUCCCGCAUCGACGGCUCCGACUAGCCAGAACUCCAAUACAGCCACCAUAUCCCGCCCUCCUGUUCGAUACGCAUUACCUGCGGCACCGGGAGAUCUUCCUGCUACCGAAGCUGAACUUGAAGCGACUUUAGCGAAUGAGCAAGAAGAUGUAAACAAGGAAGGAGAUGAAGAUGCCCCUCGCUCCCUCAGACCAGGCCAGAAGGGCUUCGCUGAGCGACUGCUAACUAAAUACGGCUGGACAAAGGGCUCUGGCCUUGGAGCGAAUGAAUCCGGCAUAGUCAACCCGCUCCAGGUCAAAGUACAAAAACAAAAGAAGAAAUCAGAUUCGGAAGGACGCGGGGUUGCUCCGCCCGGCGGCCCGAGGGGUAAAAUCGUCGGUGGUGGCAGAAAACAGGAAGAGCAAGGGAAAUUUGGCCCCAUGUCUGACGUUGUUAUUUUGCAUGGAAUGGUAGACGGACUGGACUUGGAUGCGGAGCUAGAAUCGGGCGAGUUAAUGCAGGAGAUUGGAGAUGAGUGCGGCGAAAAGUACGGUCGUGUUGAGCGAGUUUACAUUGAUCGAAAUAGCAAAGACAGGAUUCCUGUCUUUAUUAAAUUUACCAAUCAACUAUCUGCUUUGCGGGCGGUUAAUGCACUCGAGGGCCGAAUAUUCAAUGGUAAUACAAUAACAGCCCGCUUUUUCGAUAGCGAGAGUUUCGAAGAGGGAAGAUAUGAUUAG